CUGACUGAGUUGUGCAUUUGUGCAUCAACCGUUGCCUUUGUUACAAGAACUGCUCUGGCAAUCAGGGUUGGACGCUAAAGUGCAUUAUGAAAAACCUUUGCGCACCGCAACUUGAUUUGAUCUGAAAAAAAAAAAAGAUAAUUGUCUCAAUUUGACGCCUUUAUCCAAACAAGUAUGAGCGCCGAUUGCACGGGUUAUUACAAUACGGAAAAGGAGUUUGUGAACGCAUCCACGUGCCCUAAGCCGGACAACGAUCCGAGAGCCGUGUUCUGCUGUGGCUUCAGUGACUACAAGUACUGCUGUGAUGAUCCCAACAGUUUUUUCCCGUACGAGUAUGGAUAUAUGUGGUGGUUAAGUGUUGGGGCACUGGUGGGCUUGUCAAUAGCAGCGGUGGUUCUCCUGGCCUUCGUCAUCACCGUGUGUGUGCUCUGUUAUCUCUUCAUCGCCACUAAGCCUCGGGGACUGGACAACGGCUUGCCUCUGCAUGCCCCAGUAGGUUCUGAGCCAGGCACGCAGGAGGGUUCGAGCCAGGCCGCUGCCCCGGCGGGUCCCCAGGGGUUCCGCAAGCAUUUUUUCCGCAGCAAAUUGGACUGUGACAACCAACCGCCGGACCCUGACCGCCUCUUUCAGCGCUGCUUCAUGGCCACCGUGACCACCAUCAACAUCGAGGGCCCCGGGUAGAGAGAUGCUGUCCCCAGCCUGCCAGACUCAGCCACCAGCCUCCUGAGCCAACCAGAAGCUUGGCAACAUCUGUCCAAAAUCAGGAUUCUCUCUAUGUCAUUCCUCUGUCCUUAUUCCCUCAAACUCCACAUGCAAAAGGGUUGCACUCGUAUGCACUGUCUGUAAGAACUGUUGGAAGUGUACUGCUCAGUUGCAGUGUAUUCUCUUGUCUCACUUCAGUGAAAAACAUCUGAGAAAAAAAAAUGUGUAUUCAAAACAUCUGGGAACAAUCCUGCCUAUUUCAACAUGAAGAAGUGGUUGCCGGUUAAUUAGCACCCAGACAGUGCCUUUUAUAAAGAAGAACACAACUAAAUCUACAUUAUCAGUUAUGUGUUAAGUCAAUUAUGCCAUGGAACGUUUUUGACCAGAGACUUUCACAUUUUUGGUGCAAAAUGCCAAUUGAUUGCAUUCUGGACUUUUAUGCGCUGAUAGUUUCAUCAAAGCAUCAAGUGGUUGCUGCCCAUUGCUAUUGUUCUGUGUAGUUUAUGCUGAUGAGCAUCUGAUGUUGUAUGGAGGAAUGAAGACUGUCCCUUUGGUGUGGUGCUCAGGGGCUCCAAAAUGUUCUGGGAUACCGU